AUGGGUUCAAUCGCUCCAGAAACUCAAACACCAAUCUGCUAUAUUGUAACUCCAGUCGGAAAUCUGGGAUAUGGCUUCGAUCAAUCACUGCUUCUUGGGACAUUGGAGCAAACUGUCCCCACGGGAAUUCCCACUGCGAUUAUCCUCGAUUCCGGUUCCACUGACAGUGGCCCGGGAAAUCUGGGAUUGGGAAAAAUGACAUGCCCUCGAUCUGGGUAUGAGCGUGAUCUUGGAAAGCUGUUGGAAGCGUCUCAUCGCUUCAAAGUUCCCAUUUUGAUUGGAUCGGCCGGGGGAGACGGCAGUGAUGAUCACGUAAAAGAGAUGUCCGCUAUCUGUAGUGAGAACGCUGCAAAGCCAGGAAACGAGCAAGUCCACACUCUUGACACACGGGACUAUGAUUUCAAAGUGAUCUCUCUCUAUGGCGGUGUGGCAAAGGAAAUGGUCACCAAGCGCCUUGCUGAAGGUAUCCUUAACCCGUGUGGGCGAGCCGUUCCUCCAGCAACUCAGGCCGACAUCGCUGGAGCCGCGCAUGUCGUGGCCCAGAUGGGUCCUGAGGCAUUCAUCAAGGUCAUAGAAGCGGUGCCCGACUAUGACAUCUUGCUUGGGGGCAGGGCGUACGAUCCAGCCCCAUAUAUUGCGUUCGCAAUUCAGUCGUUGCACCGUGUCGACCCAAAGGUCGACGUUUUCUCGUCACCAGUCAUUCUCGGCGGAUUUACUCACAUGGGUAAAAUCAUGGAAUGUGGAGGACAAUGCGCCAAGCCCAAAUCGGCGGCUGCUCUAGCGACAGUCUAUGCCGAUGGCUCAUUCGACGUCAAGCCAUUGGAUGCUGAUGCAAAGUGUACCUCGUUAUCCGUGGCGGCCCACACAUUCUACGAAAAGACCAGACCCGACAAGCUUGCUGGACCUGGAGGCUAUCUCGAUCUUACCGCGGCGACAUACGAGGAGCUGCCGGACGGCAUCAGCGUCCGUUGCAAGGGAGGUAUCUUUCACACUUCCGCCUCUCAGGGUAACCCGUAUCAAGUCAAGUUGGAAGCGGCAAAAGUGACCGGCUACCGCAGCUUCUACAUGGGCAGUAUUCGUGACCCGAUUCUAAUCAAGGAAAUCGAUCAUUUAUUGAAGCAGGCCAAAUGGUAUGCUGGCACGCAAGUGGUGGGUAAAGGAGAAUGGCAGCUCGAGUUCCACGUGUAUGGACGAACUGGUCGUAUCGACGGCGAGCCGGCCGAUAUCGAACCGGAUGAGGUCUUCAUAGUAGGAGAGGUCCUCGCAGAUACUCAAGCCUUGGCCACUCAAGUCUGUGAGGCCGCCCGGAUUGCCACAGUCCACGGGCCGUACCCAGGCCAGAAGGCUACAAGUGGUAACUUCUGUUUCGGCAUCGCCGGAGUCAAGACCGUCGAACAAGGCCUCUGCCCCGAAUUCUGCCUUUAUCAUCUCAUGGACCUCCAACCUGGUGAAGAGUUCGCUGCGGACAUGGAUGGCCAACCUGUCGUGCCCGAGCCCGGCAAGAGCGCCCCCUUAUUCAAAUGGAAGACCCAGAAGGUCGGCAAAGCUCUUCCAAAGGCGACCGUGAAUGGAAAUGGAACUUUUCAAUCGGCAUCUGAGUCUCAGGAGGCUAGUGAUGCCAGCAAGGCGAAAUCAUCUUCUCAGAAGCCAAAAAUUGCCGAAAAGGCAGUAGACUUCGCACAGCUGCCCAUCGAUUCAACAACCCUGGGUGACGUCGCCAGCGUCUUACGCUCCAAGAAUGCAGGGCCCUAUGAACUCACAUUCGACGUGAUUUUCCAAUCCGAGCAAGUCUACCGCAUCAUCAAAGACGCCAAUAUCCUAACAGAGGAACUAGUCCAAAAAGCCUUCGACAUUUCCCUUGAAGAGGUCUUGUACUGUGGAUUCUUUGAUCAGGCAAGGGGGUGGAAGGCUACGAUCCCGAGAAAACGUGGAAACAAACCUACAGCGUCAGGAAAUUUUGGCGAGAGAGACGUCCAUGGAUCGCAGCAGUAUAUUCCGUUCUUGAGGGUGAAAGUUCCGCCGGUGGUUGUGAAGCAGUUACAGCAAGUUCAGGUCUAA